AUGACCUUAAGACAAAGGAAGAGCCUUCGUCCAGUGGUAGAUGCCAUGUUUAUAGAAGAAAUAUUGGCCUUGUUUUUGGCUAGACUAGUGAAGUUGCCAAGUGCCUCAAGCAAAGAUUCUAAAAACUUAUCAAAGCCUGACAUAAAUAAAAUUGCCUCUCAAUUAACAAAAUCCGUGACAGCUGAAAUUUCCAGGGAAAACAUCAGUGUUAUAGCUGCUAAUCCUGAAGAACACUUUUUAAAUCCAGAAAGCAUAGAAAUUAUUUCUCAGGUUGUUGAUUCUGUUCAUAAUCAUGUACUGCAACAAUCAGGAACAACUGAAGAACUUUAUUAUCAUAUGAAAGACACAAACAACUUCUUCCCUAAUAAGGUGGCUUCUUUGAUUAUUAGCAAAGUUUUAAAUUGUCCAUUAGAAACAAUUUGCUCAAAAGAUUCACCUGCUGAUUUCUUUGGCGAUCUGGACGUGGGUCGAAUUGUUGAAAGGUUGCAUGAGCAUGCUGUUAAAAUGGAGCCUGAGCUAGAGAAAAAAGAGUUAGAUCAAGAUUUAACUGAAGAGGAACUUCCAGUUAAAAUAAUUCCUCACCGUGGGAAACAACCCAUCAAUAUCGAUCCAGACAUUGUUGCAGAACACUUAGGAGUUAUCUGUAUGAAAACACAGCCUAUUGAGAAAAUGCAGAUAAAUUGCUUCAUUGGCACUGGACACAACCUAGAAGCACUGAGAAGAGCGGCAGUAACUGGGAGGAGAUACUCGAAAGACUCAUCUGCUGCGAGAGACAGGAAGAAGGACAGACGAGUCUCACUGGAUAAUAAGGGACAACUGAAUGUGAAGCCAUUAGAGAUACCUAGUAGGAAUUCCUUUCACAGUCUAAUAAAGCCUGACAUUACCAAAGUGGAGCUAUUAAAAGAUGUCCAGAACAAAAGAGAUCUUAUCGUUCGGUUGAUAGCUCAUGAUAUUGAUCAAGAAGAGUCAGAAAACCAGGUAGAAGAGAGCUUAACUUCUGAUGAAGAUGAGACUGUUUUACAAGAGGUUCUGAAAGAAGACUUUUCAGAAGGCCUACUUGAAGAUCAAUUAAGAGGAGACAUGAAGCCCACUGCAAGCUCAGAGGCUCUUCCCAAGCCACCGAUGAACAAGAGCAGUGUGAAAAGGUUUCUGUCAGGCAAAAGUCAUCCAUUGAAAUCCAGUGUACUGUCAGUUAAAGCAAUAUGA